AUGAACGCAGUCGCUGCGAAAGACAAAUUUUUUCAACAACUACCAGACGCAACUGGGAAGCUAGGUGCCUCCACUCAUCAGAAAUGCACAGCAGCAUUGAGGUGUCUAGCAUAUGGAUCAGCAUCUGACGCAGUCGACGAGUACAUCAAAAUUGCUGAAUCAACAGCAAAGGAGUGCCUUGUGCACUUUGUGCAAGGAAUUCGAAAAGUUUUUACGACCGAGUACUUAAGGAGCCUACAAAGCGUGGCCUCCGGAGACUUGUGGAUAUGGCAUGCAUUUUUCGGAACACCGGGAACUUGCAAUGAUAUCAAUGUAUUGGCACGCUCUCCGGUGUUUGAUGAUCUUUAUCAAGGAAGAGCUCCUGAGGUCACAUUUAAUGUGAAUGGUAAUACCUAUAAUAGGGGAUAUUACCUAACAGAUGGGAUCUACCCUAAAUGGGCAGUGUUCAUGCCAGCAAUUCGACUCCCACUAUCUCCCGUCGAUGAGUUGUUCACCAAACGUCAAGAAUCAGUUCGGAAAGACGUCGAACGUGCGUUUGGGGUUUUACAAGCACGCUUUGCAAUAAUACAAAGGCCAUCACUCAUUUGGGAUGAACACUUAAUGUGGGAAAUAAUGCUGGCGUGUAUCAUUCUUCACAAUAUGAUUGUCGAGGAUGAACGGGAUACAUAUCUAAAUUAUCAAGACGCAUCAGACUUCGAGCAAGAAAAUGCCUCGAUUGCUAGUACUUCGUCUAGCCAUAGGCUUGAAACAUUCUCUGUUCAACCUGGUCGCUACAAUGAUAUAGGGAUGCAACAAUAUUUGCAAAAUAGAGCUGAUGCGUGGGAUAGAGAUGUUCACAACUCCUUACAAAAGGACUUGGCUCAACACAUUUGGCACAAUUGUCGCCAAUCAACCAAUGAUGAGUGAAUUAUUGUUUGUAAUAUUAAGUGUAGCCAUUGUUGUAAGAAAUCUCAAUUAAGUAGCUUAAUUAAAAGAUGAGCAUAAAUUAACGAUUUAUCGUUUUAA